AUGUGCUGUAGGAAGUGCUCCGGGUACCUGCCGCCUUUCCCUCACUUCGCCACCGAUGCCAUCCACUACGGGCAGGAGCCCGAGCAGUGGAACUCCUGGGCCAUAGUGCCGCCCAUCACGCUCUCCACCACCUUCAAGCAGGCGGAACCCGGGAAGAACAGGGGUUAUGAAUACACCCGGGUUGGGAAUCCGAGCCGGCAUGUCCUGGAGAAGGUUAUGAGCAGCCUCAAUGGAGCCGGACACCGAGAGCAGCUCAUGGGUUUGACAUGCCUGGCUGCUGCUGAUGGAGCCGAACACUGCUUGGCUUAUUCCUCUGGCAUGGCAGCAACUCUGAACAUCUGUCACCUGCUGAAGACAGGAGACACAAUUAUCUGCACUGAUGAUGUCUAUGCAGGCACAAGAGCAUUAUUUGAGAAAAUAAAAUGCGAUUAUCAUUUGGAAGUGGUUUAUGUUGACUGCACAAACAUAAAACUGCUGGAAGAUAAAAUUAAAGAAUAUCCCACUACCAGGCUGGUUUGGCUCGAGAGCCCCACGAACCCCACGCUGAAGGUGAUCGACAUCAAAGCCUGCGCAGAUGUGGCACACAGGCGCGAGGGGGUGCUGGUGGCGGUGGACAACAGCUUCAUGUCUCCAUAUUUCCAGCGUCCUUUGUCCCUUGGGGCUGACAUUUGCAUGUGUUCUGCAACCAAAUACAUCAAUGGGCACUGUGAUGUCCUCAUGGGCCUGGUCUCUGUAAACAGCGAUGAUCUCUAUAAGAAGCUGAAGUCUCUGCAGUCUAACCUGGGAGCUGUCCCCUCCCCCUUUGACUGUUACAUGUGCAACCGUGGGCUCAAGACUCUGCACAUCCGGAUGAAGCUGCACUUCAAGAACGGCCUGGCUGUGGCCAAGUUCCUGGGAGAUCAUUGCCAUGUGGAGAAGGUCAUUUACCCAGGGCUGCCUUGUCAUCCCCAGCACGAGGUGGUGAAGAAGCAGUGCACGGGUGUUUCAGGGAUCAUGAGCUUCUACAUCAAAGGGGACAAAGAAAAUGCCUUUGCCUUUCUCAGGAACCUGAAGGUGUUCACCGUGGCCUAUAGUGUGGGUGGCUUCGAGAGCCUGGCAGAGCAUCCGGCUACCAUGACCCACGCCUCAGUGCCUGAGGAGGUCAAGAAACGUCUGGGAAUCACAGACACCUUGAUCCGCCUCUCGGUGGGGCUGGAGGAUUUGGAGGAUUUGCUGGCAGACCUGGACCAGGCCCUGAAGGCUGCGUUUGCAUAAACCUUGAGGGUCAGGAAGGACCUUGGAACUGGACAUGGCUGUGGACGAGGACACGGAAAACCAAACCACUCUUGCUUUGCCAGCAGAGCUCAGUGCUCCUCCUGCUCCUGCAGGGUUUGGGCACAGGGGCUGCUUCCUCCUACUGCUCUCAGAUCAUUCUCUUCUCACCCCCUCAGCUCAACUCAAAAACUUGAUUGACCUCAGAUUUAUUUUAAUUAGGUUGGAGAUUUGAUUAAAAGCUUUUCCUUCUCUUGAUGCAACAUUGAAGAUGAAGUGAAAUGCAACACCUGGCAAAUAGCAAAUUUUUAAAGAGGAAUCUUUGUCAUUUGAAAAAACCAUGUGCUGUGGGAAUGAUUGGAAUUCUUUUAAUUAAAAUCUGCUUUUCCUUUCCUUGCUUAUA